CUCGUGCUGGUGUCAGUUUCCUGUGAGUGUGUGCGUGUGGACUCCACACGUGUCCGCGGAUCUGCUGUGGAUUUAAGAUGAAUUUCACCGCAGUUCUUCGUCUUUAAGGAUCCGUCUGCGUCACUUUAUGUUCGCGGUUUGUCGUCGGAGCCGCUGAGUGAGCGUCACUGCGAUUAGAAAGCGGACAAAUGUGUUUUUGUGCUCGUUUGUGGCAGCUAAGAGUGAGCGAGCUAACGUUAGCCGCCGGAGAGAACAACAUGUUCAGACAUGUUUACUGAGAGAGAGAGAGACACACACACACACACACACACACACAGACAGACAAACAGACGAGGAGAGGGAGAGACAGCACGAUAAUGUCACACAUGUAUUAUUAAAAUGGAUUAUAAGUUUCCAGAUCAGCUUUUUCCUUCGUUUUAUGAACGUGGACCUCCAGAUAAAGUCCUGAAUCACUGCGCUGGAAACUGGGGAAGUUACGACAAACUCACGAUUCAGGACGACUCUGGUUCUCGCUCUAACUGGACGUUUACCUCCAGACAUCAGGUCAAAGGAGAGACGUGGCGUCACACCGAGCCUGUACCACUUCCUCUGCUGUCUCCUUUAAAUGAAUUCCUUUGGCCGACAAAGCCUCCCAAUCCACUGGACUUCAUGGAUCACAUGCAGAAUUUCUUCCUGGAUCACAGACACGAUGCGUUCGGCUGCAUGAGCCAAAUUCUGGGCGAGAACUUCAACUUUACACAAGGAACGAAAGAAAAACGUCACAAAGACUCCAUCAGCAUGUGGAGGGUGACGAGGUAUCUGGACGGGCUGUCGUUUAAAAAGUGUCGGCUGAGGGAUCGCUCCGUCCCUCUGAACCGUUACAGUGCUCUGCUGGGAGACGUGGUUCACGCCAUCCCUCCUCAGCUGUUGGGUUCUCUGCUGUAUGAGGAGCUGGCGGAGCAGGGGGAACGCCUGCUGUUCUCUGAAGCGGCCACGGGUGGCGCUCUGGAGUUCAUCCCUUUCUCUCACAACGGCGACGGCUACCUCGUUUACCCCGGAAACCAAGGACUGAACCGACUCAAAUUCCACAGGGUGGAGCUGCAGCGCCACAGAGGAAGCCACUCUGUUCUCAGGUCCAGCAGCAGCGACUCCUUCAGCUUCCACCUGAAUGGUCCCAUCAGACAGAUUAGCUCCGCCUCUCUGUUCAACAACAGCUGCGUCGCCGUGCGCUCAGAUUAUCUGUGUGGAGUGUGGAGGUUCAGCGGAGGAGGAGAACAACCUCGUCUGCUGCAGGCGGUCAACACCACAGAGGUCGCAACCUGCGUCACUGCCAGUCCUCAUGUUUUAGGUGAAGUUCUGGUGGCGAGUGAGAGUGGUGUGGUGAACCUGUGGACCGUGGGCAGAGGGAUGCAGAAGGUUCGGGGAGAAGACGGUAAUCUGUACUUCAACGCCGAGUCGCCGUGGCGAUGGUGCGACUUCUCUGCACACCCGAGAGUGAUGGUGUACGCCGACAGGACGGGGGCGGAGCUAACGGACAUCAGGGUCAGUCCCGUCUCUGCUCGCUCUCUGUUUUCGAUCAGCAGGAGUUCAGACUGUCACAGAGGAGAGAGACUCGUCCUGUCCAGAUAUCUGCGAGACGUCCACUCCUUCCACCACCUCGUCACCACACAGUUCUCAUCAUACAUCGUGGACGAGCGUUUCCCCGGUGUCCCCGUGCUCAAGUGGGAUCACAUGAUGGAGUCCCCGCCUUUGUUCUGUCACGUCCUUCCUGGCUCCGCCUCCUCUGGAUCAGUAGUGGGCGGAGCUGGGACCACUAAAGUCGUGUUGGGCUCGCAGAGAUCGCAGGAGCUCGUCCUGCUGCAGUACUCGGGAGGCGGAGCUACAGCAUGCUCAAGUCGAGGUCCACCUCUGGCUCUGCUCAGACCUAGUACCAGCCUGAAACACCUUCCUGUCCAGAUCCCUCACCGUCUGGACGUCGCCACCCACAGGCUGAGCUCGUCUGCUGCAGGUCUGACUUGUGUCCAGAGGACAGGAGGAGAAGGUGUGGAGGACGAGUGCAUCUGUGUCCUCCAGCUCACUGAAGCUGGAGAUGUUUUCUACCAGAUCCUGGAGCCGCAGCAGCAGCAGAUCCACAUCCCAGACGUCGAACCACAGCCAAUGCCGUCGAAACCUGUCGCGUCAUCGUCACCGAGCUCUCAGCUGUUUACGGAGAACGACGUCAUCGGAACGACGCAGAAGGAACGACAGACGUUCGCGGACUCUGACGAGUCAGAAGACGGAGGACAGAGACGUCGACGACUGAAGCAGCUGAAGCUGCAGGUCGUCGUCAACCAGCCUGAUGAAGAUGAAGAUGAUGAUGAUGAUGAUGAUGAGGACGACGACCCGGGCACGCAAGAGAAAGACGGAGAACAAAGUGACUCCACAGAGAAGGAAGCACUCUGCAGCUCCAUGAGUGUUGUGAAUAUCAGUGAAGACGCGCUCGUCACCUGGAAACGCUGGCUCCAGAAACUGAUGAAGAAGAGUCGAAAGAAGAAGAAGAAGCCCCGCCCACCAGGUUCACAGCUCUUCACGGCCGACACUGAAGGUUUUCUGCGUCUGCGCCGCAAAGAGACGCGAGAGGACAAGCACGUGCGGAGUCUGAGGCGAGAUCUGAGGACGUGCAUGUCCAAACGCUCUCUGCUGGCCUUCAGUGCGCCCACGUUACAACCGCUGCCCCAAGCCGUGGACACGGACACGUGGACAGAUCCGCUGAGUCGGCGUCUCACCAUCUCCUGGCAGGGGGAGGCGGCAUGGAGAGCGUGGUGGGAGGAGGAGCUUGGGCUCAACAGGGCGGAGAAGGAGAUGGCGCUGAGGAGGAAGAGGACGAGGGAGAAGGAGAGGAAGAGAGCGGCCGGCAGACUGGAGCUUUCAGGAAGCUUCACCUCUUCCACCACCUACCAGGCGGAGCUCGACUCCUUCUCUGACUCAGCAGGAUGGACGUCCGGCAGCCAGUGUGCGUGGUCUGAUACUGACGGGUUAGAGGACACCGUGGGGGGCAUCACUCCUGUUCCCACGACGACCGUCUCGCCACUAAAAACGGUCGAAGGUGAAUACGAGCCGCAGACGCCGAGCAGAUCCCACGACGUUUCCGUGUCACAGACGCCGAGCAGAUCCCACGACGUUUCCGUGUCGCAGACGCCGAACAGAUCCCGCGACGUUUCCGUGUCGCAGACGCCGAGCAGAUCCCACGACGUUUCCGUCUGGCAGACGCCGAACAGAUCCCGCAACGUUUCCGUGUCGCAGACGCCGAGCAGAUCCCGCGACGUUUCCGUGUCGCAGACGCCGAACAGAUCCUGCGACGUUUCCGUGUCGCAGAUGAACGACACGCCGGCUGCUCGGAGGGCGAGCGUACGUCCAGCAGAGGGCGAUCACACAUCUGUGCUUGCAUCACAGGUCAAACCCUUGCUGUCCCAUCAUAACGUCGUAGAGGACAACAGUGGAGUGCGAUCACCACAGUCUGUCUCGCAACAGUCCGUCCCUCAGAGGGAUGUCCGCGUGAAUCUGUCCUUGGACUCGGCCGUCUGGUCGGGAUUCUUCCAGUCUCGGCCUCUUUCCCAGAGUUCACGGGGUCAUGUGGGACUGUCGCAGUCGUCACAGUCUUCACAGGCAAAGAAGAAGAAACCUCGGAUGGGAUUUUGAUGAAUCGAUUCCUGUUUGGAAUGUUUUUUUGUUGUUUUUUUGGCAUCUUCUUGGAUCUACAGUGGGAUUAAUCAGUGGAAAAAACAACCCCAGACUACGUGGAUUAAACGGGGAAAAAAGUGGAGGUAGACGUUUGUGGAUUACUGAGGACGACCGGAGACAACUGGUUUGGUAAAUUUAUUCUCUUUGUUCUGAGUGAGUGUUUUUGUAUGUGUGACCUCUUCUGUUCAGGACCAUUCGUCCCCAUGGAGACCUGAACCUGGUCCUAGUGAGUGGAAGUGGUUGAGAUGUGUUGGGCUGCAACUGGCCAUUAUUUUCGUCAGUGAUCAGUGUUUGUCAAACCUGGAAAUGAAGAAGUUCUGAUUUCUCAUGAAAUCGAUUAUCAUCAAAAUUCAGUAAUAGAUGAAUAAGUGAUUAAUGGUUUGUGUGAGUGUGUUUUUGUUCACUGUUUUCUAACGUUCACGUCAGCGUAAAGACUUUUGCUCCUCGGACAAGAACACAAAAAGCUUUUACUCAGUAUUUUUUUACAAAGAACUUUCGUUCUUUGAUACAAAAGUGGGUGGAAAAAUAGAGAAUAAAGUUUAUUUUUUAAAAGAAACAAUUUUCAUUUUCUGAGUCAACGGGAGAAAUAAUUUGGCAUUUGUUUAAAAGUGUGUCAUGUAUACGUGUACGACAUUUAGUUCUAUUUCACCAAAAUAUCUUAUGGUCAUGUGUUGGUUUUGGACUGAAAUUAAAUGAAAGCAGUGUUUUUAA